UGAUGAUGACUCGGAAACGGAUAUACUACACCUGAGGGAAAAAGCGCUGGCUAUAAGGGCAAUAGCAGCAGAAAAUAUACACAAAUGACAAGUAAAGGAUAAAAAACGAUUCGAUAACAAACAUAGAGAAUUAAAGUUUGAUAUUGGGGAUAAAGUUAAAAUUUUCGUGCCGGUGAGAAAAGUAGGCUGAAGCGAGAAAUUGCUAUUGAAAUGGUUCGGACCAUACAAAGUGUUAAGAAAAUUAGGAGAGGUCGACUAUGAAGUUGAGAAAAUUGGUGGAAAAAAGAAGGACACGGUUCAUGUGAGUAGGAUACUGCCCUACUACGACCCUUGGACAGGGGAUUCCCCAAUUUUAGAAACAGAGUUAUUAGAAGAAUCGGAAACAGAGAGUAAUGUUGCUGAAAAUGAGGAAGAAAUAGAGGAAAUCAGCGAAGACUGAGGCCUCAAAAAUCAGUACGAAAUCGAUUGGGAUCGCGACCCACAUCGGAAACCUAGUAGUCAUAAAACUAUAAGAUAGAAAAAUAUACCUACUCACUAUUAAUUUAAUGAGCAUAUUUUUAAUAUAGCAUAUAGAAACAUAAUUAUUAUAAUAACCAAAAAACCGCAAGCAUUGCUUUAUUCUACACCACACAAGUCAACUUAUACUCGAGCAGAAGCCACGGUGUAUAACCUAUUGCUUAUUGAGAAACUAGAAAACAAUGAAAUAAGAUGCAAGCUAAGCAAACCAACGCCAGCUACAACAAUGGUGUCUGAAGGAAGUACCUACUGCAAAAUCAAGGCUUGAGCCUAAAAUAAGCGAAUGAAUUAUUACAGGAACGUAAUGAACAAAUUUGUAUUUUUUUUAUUUAUUUUUUUUGUAAGUUGAUAUAAUAGGAUAUAAAAAUAUGAAAUAAUAUUAGGUAAAAUAUUGCUGGCCAGCAACUUAAUGGAAAUUAGGGAUAAAGUUAUAAUAUAAAUAAGGAUACAUAAUAUAAGGUCAGGUAUUAGGUUACAAAAAAUAUAUGUAUAUGUAUAGCAGGUAUAACAAGGGAUAGGUACUUAGUAAGUAAGGAUAAUCAGUAUUAUAUAUAAAUGAUAAAAAGGUAAGAGAUUUCCGUACUAUAGGAUGUAAAUAAAACUCGAAAAUUUUGUAAACUUUGCUAAUCACUUUUGCAUAGUAAAACAAGGCAGAGGCGUCUCAACCAUAACCUUCCAGUGGCAGCGGGAACUUCAAAAGAGAAAACUCAAAAAGCUAGGGGCACUAUUCAAAGCGCCACAACCACGAAACAAGCUUCCAACCAAUGGUCCCCUACGAGAAACAAGGUCCACUACGAAAAGCAAACCACGGGCCAAGAAUUCACGACAUUGGAUACACUAGCCCAGAUACCACGACAUGCGGGAGACAACGCCAGAACAUCUACAAAAGCAAUUGUUUGAACUAAGACCACAACAUCUUCAAGACCAACCUAGGCCAAUCGCUAGCCUAGAUCCACGACAUGGGAUCCAACAACCUAGAUACCACGACAUGCGUGAAACGUUGUCAGAACAUCUACAAGAACAAUUGUUUGGACCAAGACCACGACAUCUACAAGACCAAGCUAGGCCAAUUGCUAGCCUAGACCCACAACGUAGAUCCACUACCUUCAGUCAAAGUCUGAGCCAAUAAGCCUAGGCAACACAGCAGAAGACGUUGUCAGAACACAAAGAGACCACUGACAUGAAAGCAAAGCCAGAACAUCUACAAGAGUGAUCCAGGCAAACAAGCCUUGGAACCACCAAUACCCAGAGAAUCACCAACGAAGUAGAAGCAAACCACAGACACUGUUCUAGUGUUUUCGAAGCCAUGGAAGAAUGGACACGCACAAAGAACCAAUCACAAAGAAGAAGACGCCCGAAGAUAAAUAAUGUAGUUUUAAGUUUUAUUUAAAGUUUUUGUAUUUUUUUAAGUUUUUGAAGCCAGAUACGUCUCCUCGGGCAUUGUGGGGCCAAUGCCUUCAUCGGGAGGGGCAUGUGUCAACCCUACAUGGGACCACGGGUUAUAACAAAUAACUGCAACUAAGCAAGAAAACACAACCAGACUAAUUAACGUAAUUAUAGCCCGGAAUUACAGAAGCUCUGCAACAUCAAGAUACAAAUGCAGGACCUGCAAGUUUGACUUUUCGUAUUACAGAAGCAGAAUGCAUUUGCAAGUCGCCUGCAAAUUUGCGCAUGGUGAAACGGUCCCGCAAGUUCUUGCAAUCACUGUGACAACUUUAGCAUUUGAAUAUGGUAAAUCAGUAGCGCCCAAACACUUUUUCCGAUUAAUAUGACGAAAUUGCAGAUUUUUUCUGUAAUUUGCUUGGUUCUGCAAAUACAGCACAUUUGCAAGUCGGCCAUAUUUACGGAACUGCAAAUUUGCAGAUGCAGAUAUACUGUAAUUUGGCCCAUAGUCAGCAAAUAUUGGAUAUAAAAGCCCGGGCUACACUAUGGCAAAUUAGUCGUGUCUCAACGCUUCGCUGCAAUCAGUAGGUGUUUAGUGAUAAAGUUAAUACGUUAUCGUAUAUCUAUCAGGGCAGAUAUUCUCUGACGACCCAGGCUUUGACCUACAGUGAAAAGGCUUUCUAGAUUUUCCUGUAGUGCUGGUUUGGUUGUUUAGCAUUGCAGGGGUAUACCCGACGUGUUGACUGUCCGCCCUUUUGAGCCUUACCACCCGAAGGGACGUUAUCUGGUCCAAGAUGAUGAUGAUUUGGUAACAAUUAAAUAUUCAUGCUUCCGUAAUCUCCGUCCUGUAACAAUAUAUAUUAGCUAUCUAAAACUGUUCUGGUGUUUCCCUGUUACUCCUCCCUUCCCGUUCUGCUUUUCAGGGUAAAUCGUUGAGCUACAUAGCGAAACAGAGACGUUUCGUGACAAUAUAAUGACUUACGUCAGUUGACAACUGCACUGGCAAAACAAGGAACUCCUGUUAAUUCUGUUUAUGUGCCUCCAGGGAUCAAAAUUGUUGACGAUAGGAAAAAAUUUAUAUUCACGCCAGUAUAGACAAUUUUGACCUGAAUGAAGACACCAUUGAUGGGUAAAAUACUACACCCUGCAUGGCUAUGGUAGCUUUUCAAAAUCAUGAUACAGAUCAAAGUUU